AUGUUAGCAACUAGAUUUCUUAGUACUUCAAACGCUCUUAGAAAUAUUUUCAUCAAAGCCAAUCCUACGAAUAUCAUACGUACAAGAAAAGCUCUAGUAAUUACAACAUUUGGCUCAGCAACGUAUGCCCUACUCAAUACAAAACGGUUUCAUUGCCAGAAUGAUAACCCUUGGCUCCUUGUUCCUUCCGUUCCAACAAUCUCACAUCCUAAGAGUGUAGUAGAACUACUUGCUGUUGCUCCCAUCCAAACAUUUCAUUUUAUUAUUCGUGCCAUUCGAAUCGCAUUGCGAUGUUUUUCUUUCUUUGUGUUAUACACUCCAUUACUUGUUAGUUACCCUUUUGCCGUCUAUGUGCCUGGAUUUGAUAAACUAUGGUGGUCAUUUCUACUUUUUGUUCUCCAAACUAGUGGACCCACUUUCCUGAAGCUUGGUCAAUGGGCAAGUACUCGUAGAGAUAUAUUCAGUAAAGAAUUCUGUGAUCGACUUUCUGUGUUACACACAAAGUCCAAGAAGAAGCGUUACUUCAAAGAGCGCAAGGAUGUUUUUGAUAGCUUGUUCGGGAAAGGAUUUUAUGCUAAACAUAGCAAAGAUGUGAUAAAACAUGUUGAACCUUAUUCAGUUGGAUCGGGCUGCAUAGCUCAAGUUUACAAAGCUUCUAUAGAUCUAGAAGAGUUGGCUAAAUGUACGGGUAAAUCAUUUCCUGAGCUUAAGGAUAAGAAGAUUAUUGACAUAGCUAUAAAAGUUGCUGAUGAAAACACUGGCUCUCUGAUUGAAUUGGAUUUAUCAAUAUUGAAAUUUCUCGCCAAAACCUGCCAAAUUUUGAUGCCUUCGUUAGAAUACAUUGAUCCUGUUGGAGCUCUUCAACAGUUCGAAACGGUGCUGAGAAAACAAGUUGAUCUUAGGAAUGAAGCACGAGCUUUGAUAAAAUUCGCGUCGAAUUUCGACCACAGUAAAACGGGCAUUCGUUUCCCUGUUGUGAUUGCCUACAAUAGUAACUUAUUAGCUGAAACGUUCGAGAAUGGAAUGUAUAUAAAUCGUUUAGUUUCCGAAGAGAACGAUUCGGAGCUACAAUCAAAGCAAUCUCCAGCAGUUCGCAGACGAAUAGCCCAACUAGGUGCCCGAGCUCUGCUGAAAAUGAUUUUUGUUGAUAACUUUGUUCAUGGGGAUUUACAUCCAGGAAAUAUACUUAUUCGGUUUAACGAUAAUGAAGAACAUCUACCAGGAGUUCAUAGAGCUCCUCCAUCGGAUAGUAUCUUCAAGCAAGGCUCAGACUUCAUCAGAAACUUACUUGAUUGGCGAGCGAAGCCAAAAGUUAAGUUCACAGAUUCACCUUAUGUGCAGGAUGAGCCUACUUUGGUCUUGUUGGACACAGGUAUCGCUAUUUCUGAGACAGAAGAGAAGCUACAGAACUUGAAAACCCUUUUCCGAGCUAUUGUAGAGAAAAAGGGGUAUGAAGCGGGGCAUAUGCUUUUGACCAGAUCUCACAAACAAAACUGUACUGAUCCCGAUAAGUUCUGUAAACAAGUUGAAGCUCUGGUUGACCGAGCCAUGAGUGAGCGUUCUCUUCGCACGUUGAAUAUUUCUGCUGUUCUGUCGGAAAUGUUCUCAAUAGUAGCGGAACAUAAAGUAGCUUUAGAUGCAUCAUUUACCACUGUUAUACUCUCUGUGAUGGUUUUGGAAGGGUUUGGUCGGUCUCUGGACCCUGACUUGGAUUUGUUCCAAUGUGCUAGACCAUAUUUGCUCAAUGUUAUUUUCUAG